AGUAUACGCAACUUUGACAAUUCAAAGUCAUACACUAUGAAUAAAAGCACUUAUCAUAAUCUAUUCAAAAACACCAAUCAUCACAAGCUCCUCCACUGCAAUGCAUAUUACAAUUUUAUUCAAAGCCACGUUCCGACCGUCUACCAUGCAUUAAUUUUCGCCCCUUUUGCAUGCUCAAACCGACACCCCCACCCUCUCAUUCUCUUCCUUAAUUAUUUGCUUCCUAGUAACUUCAUCUGCAUCACCCUAUAAAAAUCCUCAUUGUUCCAACAUCAACACACCAUCCAAUUACAACAUCGUAUCCUCAAAGAACCAAAACCUUAAUCCUUCAACAUGUUUUCCCCACAAAUGUCGCUUCUCUUCUUCUUUUUCCUCUCCCUCUUUCUUCCAUUACUCUUAGCUCAAAAUCCUUCACCAUCUCCAACACAUGCUACUCAUGCUCCUUCUCCAUCACCAUCUCCAACGCAUGCUUCUUCUCCAUCACCUUCUCCAUCACCAUCUCCAACUCAUGCUCCUUCUCCUUCUCCUUCUCCAUCAUCAUCAACACAUGCUCCUUCUACUUCUCCUUCUCCAUCACCCUCUCUAACAAGUGCUCCACCACCACCUCUUCCACCAACUUCACCCUCUUCAGCAUGCAAGGCCACAUUAUAUCCAAAACUGUGCCGUUCCCUUUUCGCAUCCAUUCGAUCCUCACCUUCUGAUCCUUACAACUUAGGAAAAUUCUCCAUCAAACAAAGCCUCAAGCAAGCCAAAAAACUGGCCAAAGUCUUCGCGGAUUUCCUCAAAAAGCACCAAUCUUCUUCUCUCAGCAGCGCAGAGAUUGCAGCCCUAGAAGACUGUAGUGAGCUUAGCCAGCUGAGUGUUGGCUACCUGGAGUCAGUUUCAGAAGAGCUGAAAUCUGCAGACUCCUCCAACACAGAGUUAGUUGAAAAGAUCGAAACAUAUCUCAGUGCUGUGGCCACUAACCAUUACACUUGCUAUGAUGGGUUGGUGGUGAUCAAGAGCAACAUUGUCAACACCCUUGCUGUGCCUCUCAACAAUGUCACACAACUCUAUAGUGUCUCUCUUGGGUUGGUCACGCAAGCUCUGAAGAAAAAUCUGAAGAAGCAUAAGACUCGCAAACAUGGUCUUCCCACCCAGAAUAACAAGGUCAGACAGCCACUGAAAAAGCUCAUUAAGCUUCUUCACACAAAGUACAGUUGCGAAGCAUCAUCGAAUUGCAGCACUAGAAGUGAAAGGAUUCUUAAAGAAAGUGAGAGCAAGGGAAUUCUGCUUAAAGAGUUUGUGAUUGUGAACCUUAAUGGCAAAGACAACUUCACCUCCAUUGGAGAGGCUAUUGCUGCUGCACCAGAUAACUUAAGGCCAGAAGAUGGCUAUUUCCUUAUCUAUGCAAAAGAAGGAUCCUAUGAGGAAUAUGUCAUUGUUCCCUCUCAGAAGAAGAAUAUCUUGCUUAUUGGUGAUGGCAUCAACAAGACUUGCAUCACAGGCAACCAUAGUGUUGUAGAUGGUUGGACCACUUUCAAUUCUUCAACCUUUGCUGUUUCUGGAGAAAGAUUCGUUGCUGUGGAUGUUACAUUCAGAAACACUGCUGGCCCUGAGAAGCACCAAGCAGUGGCUGUGAGGAACAAUGCAGACCUCUCCACAUUCUACCGUUGCAGUUUUGAAGGAUAUCAAGACACUCUCUAUGUCCACUCUCUCAGGCAAUUCUACAGGGAAUGUGACAUUUAUGGUACUGUGGAUUUCAUUUUUGGAAAUGCUGCUGUGGUGUUCCAGAGCUGCAACAUCUAUGCCAGAAAACCAUUGCCAAAGCAGAAGAAUGCUGUCACAGCACAAGGCAGAACUGACCCCAAUCAAAACACAGGAAUUUCAAUCCAGAAUUGCAGGAUUGAGGCUGCACCUGACUUGGCUGCAGACUUUAACUCAAUUCAAAAUUACUUGGGCAGGCCAUGGAAACUGUACUCAAGGACAGUAUACAUGCAGUCCUAUAUUGGAGAACUCAUUCAAUCCGUUGGAUGGUUAGAAUGGAAUGGAACAAAUGGAUUAGACACCCUCUUUUAUGGUGAGUUCAAUAACUUUGGACCUGGUUCUGAUACAAGCAAGAGGGUACAAUGGAAUGGUUACAAUAUACUGAACCCUACACAAGCUUGGAACUUUACUGUGUACAAUUUUACCUUAGGAAAUACAUGGCUUCCAGAUACUGAUAUACCCUACUCUGAAGGGCUUUAGAUUAGGUUACUGAAUUCAAUUGUAUGGAGUAACAAUAAAUUUGAUUCACCAUUGGUUAAUUAGAAUGUGAUGUAACAGUAUCAUCAUUUUUAUGUCUUGAAAGAGCUUACAAAAGGAGUGAGGGUCAUUUGUUGAA